AAUUCCAGGAAAGUGUGUGAAAUGCAAUAUGCGUCUUAAGGACCAAGUUGGAUUAUGGGAGAGAUGGGGUGGGGGAGGUGCAACCUACGUCGCGCGAAAGUGGGAAGGGGGGUGCACACCGGGUGGAACGGUUAUGUUCCAAACUGAGUAUUUAAACCCCUACAACCCAACCAUAUUCAUCAGUUAAUUGACAGCCCAGACGAUAACAAGAGAUAAUUUCUAAAAAAUGUCAGUUUCCAUUCGACCUCGAGACCUCUUCUUCGAGGAUGCAUUCUUUGAGAACAGCUGGCCAGACUUCGCCAUGGUCCGCGAAGCCAUGUUUAAAGAACCACAUGAUCUCUGGGAGAAGUUUGAUGCUGACUUCCGGUCCACCGCCUGUAUGGUUGGAUUGAUGAAUAAGUUCAAGUUGAAUGAGAAGGAGGACCCGCUGGAUGUGUACAAGCGCACCUGGAUGUUCCCCCGCCGAUGGAUGAAAUCCAGCCUCGACACCCCCCUCCCCUCCCUCUUCACCAUCCCCGGGGACACCGAGGUUAUUAGAGUUAUCCAGGACGUAAACAGCCUCGAGGUCACUCUGGACACUAGUAUGUAUCUACCGAAGGAGCUGGAGGUUAAGGUGGAGGACGGGAUGAUCUGCAUCUACGGUAAGCACGAGGAGGCUGCUAAGAACGGGAAAAGGAUUAUGCACAGAGAGUUCUCAAGAAAAUACAAACUACCGAUUGGUUGCAGGGCCGAGGAUGUUAUCAGUAACCUCUCCAGCGAUGGAGUCCUCGUUGUAUCCUCGGGAUAUCCUCCGGCGAUUAGGGAUGAACCUCAAUCUAAAAUCAAAUAAUCCACGAAGCUCCCCCCGAGUACUGUACAUAAAUAUUCGAUUUCAGUGUACAUAAAAUUUUUCCAUGAUGAGCCAAAUUUAGUUUUAUAUAAUUUGUAAUAUUUAUGAAUGAAUUAGCGCAAUAAAAUAUCUGUAUCAAAUCCUUAUUCUAUUUAGCUCGUUACACACACAAAAACA